AUGAAGACGCCACUGUGGACUCUGCUGCUGAUGGGACUGUGUGUCCCCGGGCGCAGUGACUGUCAGGGAGACUGUCUCACCUGCAGUCAAAUUCUGCCUAAAGACUACGGCUUUGAUACUCUGGUCUGCAUGGUUGAAUGUCACAGCAAAGUUUCUUUGGGCCUCACAUGGGAGAUGUGCCAGUCCACCAUAAAAGAAGCACCCUUGACCACCCUCUUAAUAGGAAACUCAAUGCUAAGGAGAGCAGAGGAGGAGGUGGAAACCAUUCUGCCUGUGGAUCAGUCUGAUGGAGGCCUGAUGUAUUCUGGAGCACUGCAGAGGUUUGACCAUGUGGCAAGGGAUUUGGGUCUGGAUGAACUGGACCAGGAGAGCCAAACUACCCAGGUUAGCACAGCCUACCGGUCCCAGCAGUCUCAGUCUGGACUGGAAGACAAGGAAGACCUGGACAGAGACAGGGCGUUGAAGAGCAAUCAAGGUGGCACUCCAGUCAACCUAUCCAAACGCUUUGGAGGGUUUCUCAAGAGCAAGUAUGGCUACAGGAAGUUCGUUGAUCCUGGUAGGCCUUUUCAGAAGAGAUAUGGUGGCUUUAUAGGGGUUCGAAAGGCUGCCCGCAAGUGGAACAAUCAGAAACGUUUCAGUGAAAUUCUGAAGCAGUACUUGGGCAUGACCAAUCGAGCAAGUGAGUUCAACAGUGUGUCAACUGAUAUUGCACAGCAGAAUGAGGUGUGA